CACUUUUUAGGCAACAAUUUAACACCUAUUUCACAAUAUUGGUAUUACACAACAUAAUGAUCACAGAUGGAUUAUGUUGGAAAUGUUUGUAAUGGUGUAGCACCCCAUUAACGUUCGAAACAAACAUUACCAUCGAGGUUUGUCCUUCGUCAUCUCUAUCGCGCAGCGCUUUGAUGUGAAAUUCUAUUUGAAUCCAUGGGGGACAAGCACUGUAAACACAUGGGUUCAGAACAGAACUGGCCAACCUCUUCAAAAAAAUAAAAAAAGACAACUGAGAUGCAACUCUCUGCCAAGAGUCCCAGGCUUCUAGCAUACCGUGAAGCCAAGACAAACCUGUGGGGAGGUCCCCACCGUUGUGGGGUUAGCAGCAGCUGACACAAGGCCCGUAAUUGUCUGGGGUCAAAGGUUAACUGAAGCCUAGUUACAGGCAGCCCCCCCACCUGGUCUGCACUUCCUGUAUUUGUUAACAAUUCGCCCCAUGUGAUGGCUGUGUUAUAAACAAGAACUCUAGAGUUGUGAAACAACUGGAACUUUGGAGCAGCUAGUCCCCCUUCACUGUUCCUCACCCUAUGAUUUCCCUUUUCUCUCUUUCCGCUCCCCUCCAACUCACCCAACUCUGAGCUCCUCCUCUGCUGAAAAGACACAUUUCCUGAUGUCAUUACUAAAUCAAAACCGUUGCUCAGCGAACAGAUGGUGUUCAGGGGCCCAACCACAUUGUGUAGCAUAGAUUGUCCUGAGAAUACAUCUUCUAAAUCUUUUUAAAGUCACAUUAAAUGUUAUUAUUUCAUCCCAUUAAUCGACAAAGACUUAUUUUGAAAAACAUCCUUUUUGAUAAGGAGCUUGAGAUAUGAAUAAUCGUUUUAGUGAUGAUGAAGAAGUGGUCUAAUGCGUUGUCUUUGAAGAGCAGGAUGAAACAGAGACAGUAGUCUGCUGAGGUAACAGUCAUGCAGCUCCACAUGGCUCAAGGUACUAAAUAAAGAUCCAGGAGGAGUCCACCCAUAUUCCCAGGCUUAUCCUAUUGUGUGAACGCUGAAAGUCCUAUUGAGUUCGAGAUUUGCAUUACUUGCCUGUGGCUGUGGGGCAGAUAGAGAGUAGGUCUUUGCAAACAGCUGGCUGACUCUAAUAACGUCUUCCAGAUACAUUCACAUUAACCCAGAUAUGAAUCCACAGCCGUCUGCACAGCACACCGUGCGUAGUCAUGAUUACAUCCACCCUAAACGCCCUGGUCCUAAAUGUUUACUUAUGUUUCCGAUUUGGCAGAGGCAACCCUCAAGGCAAAUAAAUCACAAGCUGCAAGUCAGCCAGGCCUUUGACUGUGAGAAAUGGAGACUAAAAAGCCCAACUAGAGUUAAAGAGUAAAGGGUUUUCAGAUGUGAGUCCAGCCCAACUUGGGUGUGCUCCCUUUUAUUUGAGAGAGAGAGAGAGAGAGAGAGAGAGGACAGUCUUUUGAGCCUCCACCCCUUUAAAAGGCAAGACAGUCCUAAAGAAAUGCACUGGAGAGGGUAAGAGCUUGCUGCCAAAGGCGCAGGGCAGACAGACAGAUCCCCGAGGAACAUCUGGUAACCUAACCGCGGGUAACACCGAUCUGACAUCUGGUAACCGAGGGUAAUGCCGUGUCUAGCUGCUUCCACCCCUAUCUAGUUUCCUGUUAUGCCUUGCAGGGCUCGGUGUUAGAAGUUCAGGCUCAGUCUAGAUGGUCGUCAGUCAGUAGGGGAAACUCUCCUAUGUUCACUUUCUCUGACAUGAAGGGAGCGCUUGUUUUCUUUGCGGUGCUCCUCUCUGUUCUUUCUGGCGUUAGCCUCGAAGAUAGAGGAUUCUCCAGUGGAUUAGGUUGUGGGAAUAAGUAUGUUAAUUGUGAAGACUACUGUGGCAUUUGUGUGUAUUUUCACACAAGGACCGAGUGCUACGCGACCUUAUUUAAGGAAACCUGCUACAGUCCUUUUGUAGGUGGCAUGGAGUUGUUAAACAACACAGACUGGUGCAACUGGAACAAUGUGAAGAGGAUGUAUAACACCUUCACCAUGUGCACGGAGGAGAUAGCAGAGUGUCUGCUGAUCCCCUGGCCCAACAGGAUGGUGGAGAAUGAGUUUGUAAACAUCCACUCCAGGUUCUUCCCGGACUGUCCCAACGAGGCACUGAGCGACCCCCCGCCCAGCAUCGUGUUUGCCCUGGUGAUGACCCCCAUCUGCCUCAUCCCCAUCAUGGUGGUCCUGGUGGUGCUCAAGACCAAGAACGGAGAUGGCAGCUCCUGAUAGGACGUCCUGGAUCCGUCCUCAUCCACCCUGCCUCACCUCCAUGUUCAGACUCACUCUCUCCAUCCCCUGAGGGGUAAAGACUGGGACCAUUGACUCAACUAUUUUACAGAGAACUGCUUAGCAUCUUCCACCCACUGAUGAUUGGCUUAGCUCUGUGGAGUCCUACCAAAACAAUCUCACAGCCCAAACACCUGACACAUGACCUUUUUGGAUGCACUGAUACAGAAUGAGUUGUACCACAUGAGCAUCGUCCAAGGAUACAGGGGUUCAAGAAAGGGUCCAUCAGUGUUGUGUAGAGUGUCAGGUCAACAUGCUCAGGGUUGCUUCUUGAAAACUCAUCUUCUCCUCAUUCCUCGAUGCUACUCUAACCAAAAGUGGCGACAGCCAUGUAAAUGUUUCGACUUCCUACACACCUUAGGAAAGUAUUUAAGAUGGUAGGGUUCACGGACUUAUGUCAUUCUUGACAAUCCAUUCCAUGACCAUCUCCAUCUUGUCCCAGAUGUGAACCCUAACACUGACUAUGGUAAAAUAGUUACAUUCUUUACAAUAUUUUGAUAUUAUAUAGUGGAAUUCCUGCCCUCUGGCUGGGAAAACGUGAGUCUCACAUUGCUGGACAUUCCAAUUGAGUUGAUAACCAAUGACAAAGGCUUUCUGUUUGAGGAAUCCCCACUCUCCAUUUACUGUACACUCUGAAGAAAAGGUGCUAACUAGAACCUAAAAGGGUUCUUCGGCUGUCCUCAUAGAACCCAUUGAAGAACCUUUUCUGGUUCCAGGUAGAAUCCUUUUCAUAUAUCCCCUUUGGGUUCAAAGUAGAACCCUUUCCACAGAGGGCUCUACAUGGAACCCAAAAGAGUUGUGCCUAGAACCAAAACGUUUUUUUCUUAGAGUGUAGUUAUCCAUAUAGGAUCUCCAUCAUGUUUAUUUCUGUAUGUAACUACAGAACAAAACGUGAUGUACCCUCUCACCUGAUAGCUUUCCUGUCCUUGAAUGUGUUUUGUGUAUACUGGAGAGCCCUCUUUGCCCCCGAGUGUAGGGUUAAGAAUGUAUGCGUUAUGGGGUGGGUGUAGGAAGGCCAUGAUGAAGGGGGUUGGUCAAGCAUCAGUCCGUGUUGGGGUCAGGAACUAGACACAAUGGGUGGGUAGCCUACGCCCAACAUGUAGUCUAUGAGAUCUGUUUCCAGGAAUUGUCUAUUUCCCAGCAUUAAGGGCCCAGCGCCUCAACCUCUCUCUCUCUCUCCCUCUUGACAAUGACGGCCCCCACUGUCGCCCAUGAUGAGCCAGUCGACGCAUGCCUGAGAGUUGAAUCAAGCAUUAGAUCAAAAGACGACAAACAUUUAGUCUCCCCGCCCCCGGCUCAGUGUAGCAGUGAGCACUGACUGUCUAUCUCUCCUCUACUUAAACGGUGUAAGAACUGUUUGUUUCAUUUUUUAUUAUGUUGUCGUGAAUGACACUGAAAGCAUUGAGUUGCAUUCAGUUUCAGAAACAAAGAAAUAUGUUUAUGUAUAGUAUUUCUGCUCUUACUCUGGACAUAGGACGUCCUAGACUUUGUACUGUCUGUGAGAGGGGUGUGGGUCUUAGUCAAAGCAUAGCCUCUUUCCUUACACAAUGUACUGUAUAUAAUUUUAUUUUGCAAUUAAAUAUAUUAAAGCCAAA